AUGCGCCACUUCAGAAUCAUCUGGCGCCCCGAGGUCAAUGGAUCUGCGGCUGUGAAGCAGUGCUGUGCCAGAAUCCGCCCCACAGACGAUCAGCAGGAAUGUCCGAGAAGUUUGGUAGAUCGGCUCGACGUAUUUCUAGCUCAGGAACUGAAUACGCCAGUCCUGGAUGAGCUCUAUCCAAGGCUCUGGCUUGUAGCCAGAAAGUCUGGAACAAGCAUCGACGCACUUCACGAACAGAAAUUAAAAGGACGGGAGGUUGUGCCCGUUGAAAACCCCCAGCUACAUCUUGUUUGGCAUCGGGACAAGUUUUAUAUAAAACCUUUACCAGAGUGUCUGCUGAAUCAUGACUUCUGGACGGGACACCUCUCUUCGCAUGGCACCAACAAACGUUCCGUUGCAUUAGGCUUUGUCCGAUCGUACGCCCACCUAAUUAAGCAUCGCUCAGAUUUUGCGCUUGUACACGUCCAUCAUCUCAUUCCCGAGACUGUCACUUGGAAUGCUUGGUGCCAGUUCAUCCAGCACUUCCGACAUUGCGAGGAUACGCAGGUGGCCAAACGCUACCACUACGGUCAGUUGUGCCUUUCACGGUUGAACUGGGCUGUCCGGCUGUUCCAACCACCAUGUGCAAAGACAAUCUGGUUUUAUGACGUACCUUACUGGUCUACGUAUUUGCAGCGGAUCUCUGCUCCUCUAAUAUUUGGGUUUGCGAGCAUAUCACUUGUAUUGUCUUCGAUGCAGGUCAUCCUAUCUAUAUCCACUGACGAGAUGACACUCGGGGCUGUGGGCUUAGUCUGGACCUUACUGUUAGUGAUUCCAAUCGCUGUCUUAUUUUGGCAGGUUUCUUGGGGUUUCAAGAAUAGGAAGCAAGUCACUAGUAUUUAA